CACACACACACACACACACACACACACACACACACACACACACACACACACACCAUCUGAUGACAAACCCUCUACGCUCUCCUCCAGUACAUUCAGCAAGGAUAUGAGUGAGGGUGUGUAUUCGUAUGUGAGCGUGUGAGAAAGAGCAAGAUGCGUAUGUGUGAGAGUGUGUAAGCGUCAUCUGUUAAACAUCUGUCUGGAAGACUACUCCCUGCUCCCGGCAGUUUGCCUUGGCUAUCCAGCAGAGAGUGGACUGUGGGCUGAUAGUUUGGGGAUGUGAGGGAGAAGAGGACUCAUCACAAUGACCAACCAGGACAAGUGGGUCACUCUGACCCCAGCUGAAUUCUCCCUUCUGCAGGAGUACGCUCAAUACUCAACCAAGAAGCUGAAAGAUGUGCUGCAGGAGUUCCAUGGAGAUGGACUGUUGGCGAAAUAUAACCCAGAGGAGAAGCAAGACAUACUCAAUCAGGAGAUUGACUUUGAAGGCUUCAAGGUCUUCAUGCAGACGUUUCUGGAGAGCGAGCUGGCAGAGGAGUUCUGUCAACACCUCUUCUUAUCAUUCAGUAACAAGGGACCAAAACCCAGCCCCACUUCCAUAGACAAGCCCAGAGUUAGUGGCCUCAAGUUGAUCAAAGGGAACUCGACCCCUCUGAAGGUGCCCCCUCUACCCAGGACUCUGCCCAGACCUCUAGGCAUGGUUCAACUGAAGGACAUCGUCUGCUACCUCUCACUGCUGGAGGGUGGCCGACCCGAGGACAAACUGGAGUUUAUGUUUCGUCUCUAUGAUACUGAUGGGAAUGGGUCUCUGGAUAGUUCGGAACUGGAGCACAUCAUCUCUCAAAUGAUGCAUGUUGCUGAGUACUUGGAAUGGGAUGUGACAGAACUGAAGCCGAUUCUGCAGGAGAUGAUGCAGGAGAUUGACUAUGACCAUGACGGCACAGUGUCUCUGGAGGAGUGGAUCCAGGGAGGCAGCACGACCAUCCCCCUGCUGGUACUACUGGGCCUAGAGACGAACGUGAAAGACGAUGGGCAGCAUGUGUGGAGACUGAAGCACUUCAACAAGCCGGCCUACUGUAACCUGUGUCUGAACAUGCUUAUAGGUCUGGGCAAGCAAGGGCUGUGCUGCUCAUUCUGCAAGUACACUGUCCAUGAGCGCUGUGUGGCCCGUGCUCCUCUGUCGUGCAUCAAAACCUACGUGAAGAGCAAGAAAAACAUAGAGGUGAUGCACCAUUUCUGGGUGGAGGGAAACUGCCCGACCAAGUGUGACAAGUGUCACAAAACCAUUAAGUGUUACCAGGGUCUGACUGGGCUUCACUGUGUGUGGUGCCAAAUCACGCUUCAUAAUAAGUGUGCCUCCCAUGUGAAACCUGAGUGUGACUGUGGACCACUGAAGGACCAUGUCCUGCCCCCCAACACAAUCUGUCCUGUUAUACUGGAAAGACAGUCUAUGGUGAGGAAAGAUUCCAGAUCCAGCCAAUCAGGAGGCAGAGGGAAGAUGCAGAGAGCCAACUCAGUCACAGUGGAUGGCCAAGGACUACAGAUCACAACAAUAGAGGGAACUCAUCCUCUGCUCGUGUUUGUGAAUCCAAAGAGUGGAGGGAAGCAGGGCGACAGGAUCUACAGAAAAUUCCAGUACCUCUUAAACCCUCGGCAGGUAUACAACCUGGCCAAGAACGGACCCAUGCCUGGGUUGAAUUUCUUCCGAGAGGUCCCAGAUUUCAGAGUGUUAGCUUGUGGUGGGGAUGGGACAGUCGGUUGGAUUCUGGAUUUCAUAGAUAAGGCCAAUCUGGACAGGAACCCCCCUGUGUGUGUACUUCCCCUUGGAACAGGAAAUGACCUGGCAAGGUGUCUGCGAUGGGGAGGAGGUUAUGAGGGAGAGAGCAUUCUGAACAUCCUGAGGGACAUAGAAAACAGCUCUGAGGUGAUGUUGGACCGCUGGAAGAUUGACGUCACACCCACAGACAAAGAAGAGAGGGGAGACCCUGUGCCUUACAGCAUCGUCAACAACUAUUUCUCCAUUGGGGUGGAUGCUUCCAUUGCACAUCGGUUCCACAUGAUGAGGGAGAGACACCCUGAACGCUUUAACAGCAGAACAAAGAAUAAGCUGUGGUACUUUGAGUUUGGCACUUCUGAGACCUUCUCGGCCACAUGCAAGAAGCUCCACGACUUUCUGGAGGUUGAGUGCGAUGGCAUCACUCUGGACCUAGACAGCAUCUCUUUGGAAGGCAUCGCCAUUUUAAACAUUCCCAGCAUGCAUGGCGGCUCCAACCUGUGGGGUGAGAGCAGGAAAAGGCGGAGCAACCGCCGGGGAGGGAAGAAGACCCAGGAUAAGAGGACAACAGUGCUGGACCCCAAAGAGCUUCAAUUUGCUGUCCAAGACCCGUCAGACCAGCUGUUGGAGGUGGUGGGUCUGGAGGGAGCCAUGGAGAUGGGACAGAUCCACAUCGGCCUGAGGAGCGCAGGAAGACGCCUGGCCCAGUGCUCCUCGGUCACCAUCAGGACCACCAAAGCCCUCCCCAUGCAGAUUGAUGGAGAGCCCUGGAUGCAGACUCCCUGUACUAUUGAAAUAGUGCAUAAGAACCAGGCCCCGAUGUUGAUGGGUCCCCCACAAGGCAACAGCUUCUUCUCUUCUGUGAUCCGACGAACAUGCAGCGAGAGCAAAGACUGAGAGAGAGAGACUUAGCCUUCGGCCUCUUCUCCAGAGAAUCAAGCCGUCUUACCCACGGAGGUCGCUAGGUGUGAUGCCAGGAUGCUAAUUUGUUAGCCUAGCUCCAUUUGGAUCGCUAGGUUAUGAUGCUAGGAUUCCAAUUUGUUAGCAUAGCUCCAUUCAAUAGCAUACUGUAGCUGUGCAUGCUACUUCUGCCAUAGAAAUGUCAGUGCCCCCCUUACUUAUUUAGAGUGAGGAACUACAAGGACAGAAGCUUUGGUUCAUGAUGCGGUGCCACUCCACAAUGCCAACACAGUGGUAUUGUCCCUCUGGAACAGUUGUUUACCUUUCCAGAUUUCAACUUUAUACUGUUACGAUGGCAUGUUUUUUUUCUAAAUGUCAUUUUUAUAGUGGUCUAGUGCAACGUGCCAUGUGGAUCAAGUCCUUUGAAGGAAGUGACACAUUUCUGUCAAUCAUUGAAAAUCAUUUGUAUGAUAAGGUAUUGAUUUAUGCGGCGUCAAUGUUUUGAAUGUGUUUGCGUUUGAACACCCCCAAUGCAUGAUGGACAUUGGAUUACUGUUUAUGAGGUGAACAUAUCUUUCAGGGUGCAUAAGGACAGUGAUGACAUUGAGUUAACAUAUACUUUAAGCAUUUGGUCUAAGUUAACGUUUCAGGUUAUUUGCUUCGCAUUUCUUCGGGCACUGACUAUCUCUUCAAUGUUGACUUCAUCAGAGAAUGCAUUUAAGAAUCUCAAAGGCUCUGUUAGGUUUCCCACAAAACAUGUUUGACAGGUUCUUGCUCAAAUGUCUUGCAGCUGGAUCAUAGAAACUAUUUCCAUUAAGGCUCAUAGACCAAUUAAGGAAAAUGAAUUGGUAACAAACGCAUGCACACGUCACAUGACAUAUACACUUUUUCUAUAUUGCACGGGAUAUCCAGACAAUUUCUUCUAAUUGUGCAGUUGCACAUCUUGAGUUGCAUGGAUAACCAAGAUCUAUUUUUGAACGUGGAAUUGUACUGUGUUGUUCAUUUUGGAAGUAAAACACUUUGUCAGGGUUCAACUACUGCCUUUCUCUCACACUAAAUGAAAUCAUAUCAACCUGAAAUCAACCUUUUGUGGUCAGGGAGUCCUGUUUUUCAGGGGCAGGUACUCAGGUAUUUUUAAGAUAUAAUAUUGCUCAAAGGUUUAUACACUUAACUAUUAUUAUAGAAAAACCUUUCAAAGAAUAAAAUUGAGUACAUCAUGUAGUACAAUUAUCACAGUCAAGACUCCAGAGCAGGUUUUGACCUCCUUAGGUCAUUGAUUUGUUCAGUCUUUUCCAGUGGUUUGCCAUUGAGCAUGUUUACAAUACAUGACUCAUACAUGCAUACAUUAACCAAUUAGAACUCAAGUCCAAAUGUGAAAUGACUAUUGACAUACUUGAGCUAGAAUUGAAGAAUCAAUCAUGAGAAUCAGUCUAAUCAAUUUGCAUGACUGGGUUAUUCAGAGACAAGAAGAAGCUCUGCAUUCUCCCUCUAGAUAUCUGCAGAGGCUAUUUGGUCUGGCACAUGAUGUGCAGAUAAGUAAGACUAACCAUAAGAAUGGCCUGAUAUUGUUAACCUGAACAGUAUAUUGUAUUCUUAAUUUCAGAAAUCUAUCGUGACUUUUUAUUAUAUUGACAUCAUUUGUCCAGUUUUCACCAAAACCUCUGACCCAUAUCUCAAUAUAAUAUACUACCAAAGAUAAACAGAACGAAAGGCCAUAUUCAGAUCAGAUCCAUACACUAUCUGAAAUUCUUCAAAUCUGUUACACAUGAAUGACACCCAAACAGUACAUGAAUAGAUAUAAGUUUUCAAGUGAAAUGCAUUCCUGCAUGUUUUCUAAGUACAAUUCAAUGAUAGAAGAUGACUGUAUUGGAUUUCUGUCUCUGUUCAAAGUCCCAUCCUGCUUAUGGAAGAUUUGGUUCCACCAACUUUUCCAUUACUUUGCUUUGUAUGUGCAGUGUUUGCUUUGUACAGUGAAGUUGUAUUUUUGUACACAAUGUUAUUUUUCUGCGUAAAGCAUUGCUCUCCUCUGUAAAUCACGCCAAUGUGUUCUUCUGUUCAAAAACUGAACAGAACAUGAAAACAAUUAAAUGUUGUUGUCGUUUGACAUGCUCACCGACCUUUGACCCUGUUGACACCUAAUGGCACUCAAUGGCACAAUGUCACCUGAGACGGGUUGACUGUCACCGACAGGACACUCACGAUCCUGUUAGUGUUCUUACACCUGCUCUAAAGCUAUUUAUACAGUGGAUACACUCAAGCCAUGAGAGAUGCCUGUCAAACUUUCUUAUGGCUCAUGGUAUGUCACACUUGACAGUGCUGUGUACAGUUUGCACCCUGAUCCUGCGAUGACCCUUCAAUGACCCUGUAACAUGCUUUUUUCUUGUUGCUUGAGUCAACUAAAUCAAUAUAGGAUUACUCUUAAAAUAAAUGUCCCUUAACAAAUCUAAUCAU